CAUUGCUGUGGGCUUCAGCUCUUCCACUGGGCUGUGGGGUUCUGCUCCCCCUCAGCAUUGCUGCAAGUUGCAUUUGGGCUAUUUCAUAGCAUCAUUGAAUCAUGUGGUUUGGGAGAAACCCAGCACUGCCAGGGCACCACCCUUGGUGACCUUCAUGAGGUUCCCUCUGCCCAGCUCUGAAGCCUGCCCAGGUCUGACUGAAUGGCAUCACAGCCUGAGGAGUGUCAUUUUGGGGCCAGCAGCAGACUGCCUGAGACUCCACUGCAUCUCUUCAUCCAGGUAUUUCGUGGAGCAGCUCCCUCCUGCCCUGUCCAUGAGCACUUGCACCACAGCUCUCUGCUGUCCCAUCUGAGACCACAGCAGCUGGAUGUGGCCAUGGGGGACUCUCCAGCAGAUGCCAAAGCUGGAGCCAUAGAGGUGGGCUGCAAAGACCCCCAGACUGAGCUGGCAGAACAGGUGGCAGCCAUGGUUGUGGCUGCUGGCAGCAGUGAAGACAGCGAUGCAGUCUUUGCUGAGGGCACCAAGGAGAUCCGGAGCAAUGCGGUCGGCAGUGAGCUGCUGCCCUGUCAGCCACCGGAGGAUGCUCGCUGGAGACAGGCUGCCAAGAGGCCUCUCACUAGACCUGUGCUGUCCAGCAGGAAGUUGUCUCUUCAGGAGAGAUCAUCAGGAGGUUGUCUGGCUUCUAGCAGCAGCCCAGGAGAUGGUCCCUAUGCCACGGGACCCUCCCCACGCAUCGUGAGGAGACCGACGAUAGAGUCCCACCGGGUGUCCAUCUCAGAUGCUGAGGACUGUGUGCAACUUAACCAGUACAAGCUGCAGAGUGAAAUAGGCAAGGGCUCUUACGGCGUGGUGAAGCUGGCGUACAACCAGAGCGACGACAAGCACUACGCUAUGAAAGUCCUCUCCAAGAAGAAGCUGUUGAAGCAGUAUGGAUUCCCACGUCGGCCUCCGCCCAGGGGGUCAAAAGCAUCCUCGGGAGAGCAGCCCAAACCCAUGGCCCCGCUGGACAGAGUCUACCAGGAAAUAGCCAUCUUAAAGAAACUGGACCAUGUCAACAUUGUGAAGCUGAUAGAGGUUCUCGAUGAUCCUGCAGAGGACAACCUCUACUUGGUGUUUGACCUCCUGAGGAAAGGGCCUGUGAUGGAGGUGCCCUGCGAGCAGCCCUUCGGCGAGGAGCAGGCUCGGCUCUACUUCCGAGACAUCGUCCUGGGCAUCGAGUACUUGCACUACCAGAAGAUCAUCCACAGGGACAUCAAACCUUCCAACCUGCUGCUGGGGGACGACGGGCACGUCAAGAUCGCCGACUUCGGCGUCAGCAAUCAGUUCGAGGGCAGCGAUGCCCAGCUCUCCAGCACGGCAGGCACCCCAGCCUUCAUGGCACCAGAGGCAAUCUCACACACUGGCAAAAGCUUCAGUGGAAAGGCUCUGGACGUGUGGGCCAUGGGGAUCACCCUGUACUGCUUUGUUUAUGGCAAGUGCCCUUUUAUAGAUGAAUAUAUUCUGGGUCUUCAUAACAGGAUCAAGAACAAGCCUGUGGAGUUCCCAGAAGAAGCACAGCUCAGUGAGGAGCUCAAGGACCUGCUGCUGCGCAUGCUUGAUAAGAACCCAGACUCCAGGAUCACCAUCCCUGAAAUCAAGGUGCACCCCUGGCUGACCAAGAGUGGCCUGGAGCCGCUGCCACUGGAGGAGGAGCACUGCAGUGUGGUGGAGGUGACAGAGGAGGAGGUGAAGAACUCAGUGAAGACCAUUCCCAGUCUGCCAGCUGUGAUCCUGGUGAAGGCCAUGCUCCGCAAGCGCUCCUUCAGCAACCCCUUCGAGGCGCAGGCCAGGCGGGAGGAGAGGUCCAUGUCUGCCCCUGGCAACCUGCUGAUGGACAGGUUCCUCCUAACCACCUCUGUGCAUUUGCAUCCAUCCUUAAGAAAAGAGGAGAGCAGAGAAGGAGGCUGCGACCUGGAGCUGCCGGACGUCAGUGAGGACGAAGCCACAUCCUGAGGCCGUGGGGCUGCUGCUGUACUACCCAUCGUGGUGUUGUCUAGCACACAUCUGCCCUCAUCACCACAUCCAGGGCCUGCAAAGCAGAGGAAAAAGAAAAACCACCAAAAAGGACCAGCCCAGGAGAGCAGAAUGGAGGAGCCAAGCAGCAGGAAGGAAAGGAGCAGGUCCUCUGCUGGCUCAGCCCUGCCUGCUCUCUCUCCUGCAAGGUCUCAGUGUGCUUCUCCCUCUGUGCCUUGCUCUCCACUCAUGCUUCACAACUGGGCUUCGUGGGUGGGUGUCUGGCCCAUCAGCACGGUUUGAUCUGGAAGGCAGUGAAUCAAACCUGCUCUCCUGGGUCAUUUUCUCCAGAGAUUUUUUCCUUGCUUUUUUGCAUCCUGGGUUGGGCACCAGGUAACCCCAGAUGGCAUCAGAGCCAGGAUUUGGGGCACAAUUAGCACAGGGCUAAAGCUCUCCUGCACAUCAGGACACAGUCCUGCUCCUGGUGGAGCUGGUGGCAAAGUGUCUGAGGCUGUCAGUGGGACGAGGAGCUCCUGCUGCUGGGGUGACCACUGGCACCCAUCUUUGCUUCUCUUUUUUCUCCCCUCCUCUUGCCUCACAGUUGUGCCUGGGGUUGGUCCUGCUGCCACUGGCUGCAGUCAGGGCAGUGUGGGGACAAAUCCCACAGUGUUCCCUGUCACUUGCACUCAGCCUCUGAACCUCAGGGGGCCCAGGAGCACUGGGAUGUGCAUGGCAAAGCUUAGAGCACUCAGGACAUCUGCUGACCAGCUGGGGCUGUCCUCAGAGAGCUGGGCUUGGGCUCCAGCAGCUGCACUCAGCCCUGCACACAGGGGUGUGGGUCUCAAAGCUGAGGAGAAGUGGCAGGUUUGGGGGUUAUUUUCUUUAGGGGUCCUGUCCUUCCCCUCACUCAUCUCCUAGUUCCUUUGCAAUUAUGUCCCUGCUGCUUUUUAAGCUUUAAUUUCCUCAUCUUCUAAACAGGAAGAGGAAACUCUUAAUGUCAGGGGUGCUGGAGGCCUGGAGCAGGCUGCCCAGAGAGGCUGUGGAGUGUCCUUGUGUGGAGAGCUUCCAGCCCCCCUGGGCAUUGUGCUCCUGAGCAAGCUGCUAUGGGUGCCCUCCUGGAGCAGGGGGUUGGACUGGGUGAUCCCCAGAGGUCCCCUUCUGCCCCACACUGUGCUGGGAUUCUGUGAUAAAUGACCCAGAAUGGGAGAGGUCCAUAGGAUGGAAAAUAUUAGUAGAGGGCUUUAGCCUAAGGAAGGCUACAGGACACAGUGAAGUCAGCUCCAGAUCUUCUGCUGCCUUUGAAGGCUUUCAUCUUUCCCUUUAUUUUCAGAGUGUAACCUUCAUGCACAUACUGAUGCUGGGGUUCAUGCAUAGGUUGCUUCUCAACUCAUCUGACAACAGGCAAGAGGUUGCCUGCACAAAGGCCAAGGUGCCUGCAGGGGUGUGGGACUUCACUGCUGCACUCAGAGGUUCUGCACAGUGAGGAUGAUGAGGCACUGGCACAGGAUGCUCAGGGAUGUGGUUGAGACCCCAUCCCCAGAGACAUUCAAGGUCAGGCUUGAUGUCAGCCUGGGCAGCCUGCUCUGGAGGUGUCCCUGCUGCCUGCAGGGAGUUGGACAGGGUGACCUCGGAGGGUCCCUUCCAGCCCAGUGCAGUCUGUGAGAGUCAGUCGCAGUGGCACCAACCCACCAAGCACACCAGAGCUUCCCCUGCAGCUUCAUGGGCUCUCAGCCUGCCCCUGGCAAGCCAAGGGGACUGGAGUCUCAGUCUGCAGCACUGCAAUCAAGGACACCAUCACCUCUGGCUGCAGUUGGUCAUCUUGCAGUUGGUCAGGCUGAUCCUGAGGGCCUGGCACUUUGUUGCCUCAGGUUUGAGCAAGGGGACAGCUGUCCGAGGGUUGCACUGGUGCUCCCCCUCUGACUGCAGCCUACCUUGGCACUUCCCAGCGUUUUCAUAGCUGGGCUUUGCUGCUGGGGCCUUCUGCUGCCCAUCUCUGCCCUGAGACCUCCCCUUGCUGUCUUGGUGGGAUGCCCAGGAGUGGUCUCCAGCCCCACAAGUCACCUGGACACAUUAGCAAAUUGGGUAAUAAUAUUGUGGUUAAUUAAUUUUGAGGAGACCUUUAAUUAUCAAAGGCAAAAGCAUUGGAUCCUGGUGACUGCUCUGGGCUUGUGCUCUGCACUGCUCAUAUCCAGGAUGUAAGUCCUGCCUGUGUCUGUGUCUCACCAGCUGUGUGCUUAGCAUCCCCUGAGGCCAUGGGGUCCACAACCAGUCCCAUGGGCGGGCACCUGAGCCUGUGCUUGGACCCUGCUGCCCUGUAGUGAAGGUUGAAGCACCCAGUGAAAAGGAGUGAAAGUGGAAAUGGGACUUCAGGAGGCCUUUGGACACUGUGUCCCAUAGCAUCCUCCUAGGGAAGCUCAGGAAAAGUAAGAUGAGUAGGCAGUGCUGGGUUGAACUGCAUGGAGGACAGAGCUCAGGGGAUUGUGAUCAGCAGUGCAGAGUCCAGCUGGAGGCCUCUAGCUCAUGGUGUGCCCCAGGGGUCAGGACUGGGUUCAGUCUUGUUCAACAUCUCCAUCAGUGACCUGGAUGAAGGGAUGCAGUGGAGCCUCAGGCAGUCUGCUGCUGGUCCCAAACUGGGGGCAGUGCUGACACCCCUCAGGCUGUGCUGCAUUCAGCCAGACCUGGGCAGGCUGCAGAGCUGGGCAGAAGGAACCUCAUGAAGGUCACCAAAGGGCAAGAGCCUCCUGGCCCUGGGCAGGAACAACCUCCUGCAGCAGAACAGCUGAGAGGGGACCUGUUGGGAAGCAGCUGUGUGGAGGAGGUCAGAAGCAGUUGCAGGUUGGGUGUGGAAAAGCAGUGCUUGUGCAGGUCCACAUCUGAAGGGAGCCUGGUAAGGGGAGGAGGUAGCUGCAGCUUGCUGAAGGGACUCCCAGGAUGGGGUUUGAUUGCUUAGUUACUGCCAGGGAGGAGCUGGUGGCAGGAAUUUUAUGUUCUUUCAGCACAGCUCCACAGUCUGAAGCCAUCAGCAGUGCUGUGGCAGGGGCUGAAGGAGGUUUUUCUCCAGCUCUGAGGUUUGUGGCCAGAGAAGUUCAUUUUGCUCUCUCCAGAUUGCUGCUUUCUCCCUCACAGCUCCUCUCUCUGGAUGUGUUCAAGGCCAGGCUGGGUGAGGCCUUGAGCAGCCUGGGCUGGUGGGAGGUGUCCUCGCCUGUGGUAGGGGGUUUGAAAUCGCUGAGCUUUAACCAACUCAUUCUGUGAUUCUCUAUCUCAAUGAUCUUGGCCGUGGAGCUUUGUCCUGCCAGCCCAGGGGCUUCAUCCCAGCCCUGCAGAGCUGCAACCUCUUUCUAAGGGUUGCAGUGCCCUCAUUCUUGCUCAGAGCUCCACAUCCCCCACCCACUGCAGCAACCAACAUCCCAUAGCUGGUGCUUGGUGCUUUCUUAGCCCAGGCAGCAGAGGCAGGUGUGUGAGAUGCUGUUGGAUGAUCGAGGUCAUGCCUUGGUGCAGCUGCUGCAGGAGCUCCAGAAACCAGCACAGCAAGGACUGUGCUCUCCCCACUGCUGCUGUGUGUGUUUAAAAGGAUCAUUUAUGGUCUUGGACACCUUCAUCACUGAUGUUUAUGGUGGGACUCAAUGAUCUUAAGUCUUUUCCAACCUGAAUGCUUCUGUGGUGUCCAGACAUGGAGCCCACCCUCUCUGUUCUGGCUGCUCAGUGUUGCUGCUCUGCUGCAGUCAAAGAUGGUCCUUCCUGUGGCCAGGCAGCCUCAGCUCUGUGUUGGGUGGUGGCAGGAGAGGCGAGGUCCUGCCUGCUGCCAGGGGUUGGGAGCUCCAUAAAGUGGAAGCAUUUCCAAAGGAGGCUGUGCUGCAGUGCCUGCCCAGGGUUCUGCUGAGAGUGUGAGCACUGCCUGGGGCCAGCAGGACUGCUGAGGCCAGGAAGCAGGCAGUGAGCUUCUGUGUGUGUCUCACUGAGCCUGGAUCCCAAACUUUUCCAGGGAGAUGGUGGAGUCCCCUUCCCUGGAGGUGCUCCAGAGCUGUGUGGCCAUGGCACUUGGGGCCGUGGUGGUGCUGGGUCGAUGGCUGGGCUGGCUCAGCCUGGAAGCCUUCUGUGAUUCUGUGCCACGUUGGCAGGGUUUGCUGAGCCCUGGGCUGCCUUUGCUGGCCCACAGCCUCCUACGGAAGGCUGUGUUCUGAUCAGCUCCCUCCCAGCCUGGAUGAACCUGGAUUAUUCCAUGGCUCUGACGCUCUGAUCACAGCCUCCCAUGGGAUCAGGGAAGGAAAGGCGCUCAGGAGCUGCCUCUCCGCUGGCCUGCCCUGGUGCCAGGUAUGCUCAGAGUGGCUGUUGGAGCCCAGGCCCUCAGCUGGUUACCAGAAGCCACAGGAGCAUUCCAAAGCCCCAGAGGACCUCAGCUGUGGGUGGUGAGGAUGGAGCUGGCUGCUCCGUGCUGUCCUUUCGCUGCUCUCUCUGCCUCUCCUGCUGUGUCUGCCUCUCCUGUUCUCCUCGGUGUCCCACUCCGCCCCUGUCCGUGCUCUGCUGUGCCCCCGGCGUGGUGGAUCUGCACUCAGUACUGUAAUGGCAGGGCUGUUACACUGUAAAUACUGUACCAUGAAGAGAGAGGCUAUUUUUGGCAUGCUUUUGUACUGCAGAACUGAGGAUGACAAUAAAGCCACAGAGCCCACA